ACAGCCAAAACUUAUUAAUUAAGGAUUAAAAUGAACUCAAACACUAAUUUUAGCUUUACUUAGUAAAGGGGACCAAACUUAAUAAUCCAUUGGGCAUGUAGGGCCAUGGUUUACAUCCCUAAUUUCUGAACAAAAUUGACUAUUGAAUGACUUAAUGUUUAAUGAUGCUCUACACGUUUUUAUAACAAAAUCCAUUUGCAUUUGGAUACAUUUUAUAAGUUCAAAUAACUUACAAAAUUUGUAUUAACUAGUAUAGAAUCUCACCUAAUAGGUGAAAAUGAGUGAAGGUCCACAGAAAAAGCGCAAAAACGAUGAAGAAAACUCGUCUGAAUUAUCAGAACCUCCAUCUAAAAACACAAAAAUGCAGAUUCAGUGCCCAUACUUGGAUACAAUUAACCGGCAUGUUCUGGAUUUUGAUUUUGAAAAGCUAUGCUCUGUCUCCUUGACAAGAAUUAAUGUUUAUGCUUGUCUUGUUUGUGGAAAGUAUUUUCAGGGUAGAGGUACGAACACUCAUGCAUACACACACUCAGUUGCAGAUGGGCAUCAUGUGUUCCUAAAUUUAAAUACUUUGAAAUUUUAUUGCUUACCUGAUAACUAUGAAGUCAUAGAUUCAUCACUUAAUGACAUAAAAUAUGUGCUCAAUCCCAUAUUUACAAUGGAGCAAAUAAAACAACUUGAUUAUAAUACUAAGAUGUCUCGAGCUAUUGAUGGCUCAAUGUACAUGCCUGGAAUUGUUGGUCUUAAUAAUAUAAAGGCCAAUGAUUAUUGUAAUGUUAUAUUGCAGUGUCUAGCUCAAGUUCGGCCAUUAAGAAAUUACUUUCUACGUGAGGAGAACUAUGCUAAUGUCAAACGGCCACCCGGCGACUCCUCCUUUUUACUUGUGCAGCGGUUUGGGGAGUUAUUAAGGAAAUUAUGGAACCCCCGAGCAUUCAAAGCUCAUGUGUCACCUCAUGAAAUGUUGCAAGCCGUAGUAUUAUGGUCAAAGAAGCGAUUUCAGUUUAUUAAACAAAGUGAUCCAAUUGAUUUCAUGUCAUGGUUUUUGAAUUCAUUACACAUGGCACUGAAUGGAACUAAGAAACCAGAUAGUUCAAUUAUUUAUAAGUCAUUUUUGGGCCACAUGAGAAUCUAUACAAGAAAACUUCCACCACCGGAUGCAGAUGAUGCUGCAAAGGUAGAUUUAAACAGUGAGGAAUAUAAUGAGAUGAUAACAGAGUCUCCCUUCCUUUACCUCACUUGUGACUUACCACCAACACCACUAUUCACUGACGAAUUUAGAGAAAAUAUCAUACCACAGGUUAACCUGUACCAACUUUUAUCAAAAUUCAAUGGUCAAACAUCAAAAGAGUACAAAACAUAUAAAGAAAAUUUCCUGAAAAGGUUUGAGAUUACUCAGCUACCACCUUACCUCAUACUUUAUAUUAAGAGGUUUACUAAAAAUACAUUUUUUGUAGAGAAAAAUCCCACAGUUGUUAAUUUUCCUGUCAAAAAUGUAGAUUUUGGUGAUAUCCUGACACCAGAAGUUAAAGCAAAAUACAAAGGGAAGACAACUUAUGAGUUAGUGGGUAAUAUACUUCACGAUGGAACACCAGAAAAAGGCACCUACCGAGCACAUGUACUUCACAAACCUACACAGCAGUGGUAUGAAAUGCAAGAUCUCCAUGUAACAAGUAUAUUACCACAAAUGAUAACCUUAACUGAAGCAUAUAUCCAAAUAUAUGAAUUAAAAGAUGACUAAAAUAAAAUGAAAUAAAAAGAUAUUGAUAAUAUUUUUAUUUAUUGAAUAUACAAAUACCAGCUACCUGACUGAUUACAUACUGUAAAAUUCUUAGAUAUUAAUAGAGAAAUAUACUAUUUUACCGUCUUUUGACACAAUCAGAUUCUUAGGAUAUUUGCAACUUUAAAUACUUAAAAUGCAUCUUAAUUUUAGUUCAUUACUUUGCAAUACAAUGUCGUAUUUUAAAAGUCAAUCCAUUCUGUUGC